AAGAUCGCCUCUCUGGCUGCUCACCUACUCCCUUGAGCGCGCCACCUCCGCCCCUCUCCCUCGAUUUUUAACCCUAGGGUUUGGAAGGAGGGAGGGGACCAAACCGGAGCCAGAUGUGUUCGAGUCCCUCGCUCCCGCCUCCUCCCUCUUCUUGGGCUUCCUAAAACCUGGAGCCUGACCGAGUAGGAUUCGGAGUCAGACAGACGCGGCACAAACAACUCCGAUCCGCGACGCCUCCGGGACUGGAAGCCUGGAGGGAGGGGGAAAGGAAGCCGGGCAUGCUCAGUAGGCGGGACAAAGUUUUUUUAUUUUUUUCUCUCUCCUUUAUUUAUUUUUUUUCGGUUGCAAGUAGGAAGCUUUUUGCACUCCACCACCUCUGGCCGCUGGGAAGACGUCAUCGCUUCCGCCCUACUUCCUCCUCCUGUUGGCGGCGGUGAGAAUCCAAUAUGGAGUAAAUCGGUGGAGUCUAGAGAUGGGGCUCGGACGGGGCGCCCUGCACCGCCUCCAAGGCGCACCUCCCCCGGCCGCCGACCGCUCCCCGGAGCCGUGAUUGGCCCGACCUCCCGGGGGCGACCCCGGACCCAGCCCCUGCCGGCUGCCGGCCCUCCUCCUCUUCGCAGCAGCAGCCCCGCCGCUCCGAGGCGCGCUUGUUUUUCUCCUGCUUUCCCCCACCGCGGCCCCUGGUCCCCGUCUCGUCCUCCGCGCGCUCAAAGCCCGGAGCCCCCGCCCGCCGGGCCGACGGUGCUCACUCUCUUCCCUGGCGUUGCCCGUGCACCCCUUACUCAAGCCUCGCCCGGCGCUCGGGUUGCCCUGGUUCCCUUUCUGCUGCGGCGCCCCUUCAUUUCCAGCACCCCUCACCCCCACCAAAUGAGGCGAUCUUCGGAGAUGUGAAGAAGGGGGGCGAGCGCACAGGAAGAUGAAGGGAGCAAAGCUGCCCGCCGCGGGACAGGCGUCUAGGUGAACAAGAAAAUGACCGAAGAAACACACCCGGACGAUGACAGCUAUAUUGUGCGUGUCAAGGCUGUGGUUAUGACCAGAGAUGACUCCAGCGGGGGAUGGUUCCCACAGGAAGGAGGCGGGAUCAGUCGCGUGGGGGUCUGUAAGGUCAUGCACCCCGAAGGCAAUGGACGAAGCGGCUUUCUCAUCCAUGGUGAACGGCAGAAAGACAAACUGGUUGUACUGGAAUGCUAUGUAAGAAAGGACUUGGUCUACACCAAAGCCAAUCCAACAUUUCAUCAUUGGAAGGUCGAUAAUAGGAAGUUCGGACUUACUUUCCAAAGCCCUGCUGAUGCGAGAGCCUUUGACAGGGGAGUGAGGAAAGCGAUUGAAGACCUUAUAGAAGGCUCAACUACAUCAUCUUCCACUAUCCAUAAUGAAGCUGAGCUUGGUGAUGAUGACGUUUUUACAACAGCUACGGACAGUUCUUCUAAUUCCUCUCAGAAGAGGGAACAACCUACUCGGACAAUCUCCUCUCCCACAUCCUGUGAGCAUCGGAGGAUUUAUACCCUCGACCCAUACUCCACAGACCACUAUCACCUCAACCCGCGGAUGCCGAGGCCCUAUCCACAGGUGAGCUUCCCAGAUGACGACGAGGAGAUCGUGCGCAUCAACCCCAGGGAGAAGAUCUGGAUGACGGGCUACGAGGACUAUCGGCACGCGCCAAUCAGAGGCAAGUACCUGGACACCUCAGAGGAUGCGGACUCCUACGUGCGCUUCGCCAAGGGUGAGGUCCCCAAGCAUGACUACAACUACCCCUAUGUGGACUCCUCAGACUUCGGCCUCCGCGAGGACCCCAAAGGCCGCGGGGGCAGCGUGAUCAAAACGCAGCCCCCCCGGGGCAAGUCCCGGCGGAGGAAGGAGGACGGCGAGCGCUCGCGCUGCGUGUACUGCAGGGACAUGUUCAACCACGAGGAGAACCGGAGGGGCCACUGUCAGGAUGCGCCCGACUCCGUGAGAACUUGCAUCCGCCGCGUGAGCUGUAUGUGGUGUGCGGACAGCAUGCUCUAUCACUGUAUGUCGGACCCCGAGGGAGACUAUACAGACCCUUGCUCGUGCGACACUAGCGACGAGAAGUUUUGCCUCCGGUGGAUGGCUCUUAUUGCCUUGUCUUUCUUGGCCCCUUGUAUGUGCUGUUACCUGCCCCUUCGGGCCUGCUACCACUGCGGAGUGAUGUGCAGGUGCUGCGGGGGGAAGCACAAAGCGGCCGUCUGACUCAGUUUCCCCUCCUUCCCCUCCUCCAUCCACAGCCACAAGAGAACUUGUCGUCUCUUACAUACUCUCAUCUUCUCCCCUGCUCCCUUCUACUCCAAGGGGCGAGGAGAGGCACCAUUCCAGCCUGGGGAACCAACCGGGUGGACUCUCCGCUCCCCAGCACCCGCCGAGUCCGCCACACACUCAUACACACUCUCGCACAGUGUUCUAAGGAAAGGAACCUUUCUCAUAGACUCUCCUGUAUUAUUACCAGCUUGUACUCAAGCUGUCUUAUCCAUGUGUUGAUUUUCCUGUCUCUCCUCCCACCCUGUCUCUUCCAGUUCAAAAGGAUCUGCAGUGCAAACUGCUGAUUUUUGGUGGGUUUUGUCGCUGCUUUUUCCAAAAGCACUGAAGAGCAUCUUUCUCUCGGGUGGUGCCUGUUGCUGGCCAGCAUCAGGUUCCUGUGGAGACAUGACUGAGCGAUGAAACAAACCUACCAGAAGUAUUCUAACCUGCGGUCAGUUAUUAUGUAUAGGAGAUGAGCUUGUCAACAAUCUUAUACUACGAGACAAUACAGCUUUCACUUGUCUAAAGCCAAAUUUCCCAUGUAAGCUACAGUUCUAUCUUUAGCCCGUCUACAUUUUUCUGCCCCACCCACCCAAAAUCUGUUGGGUUUAUUCACUGAUGCAAAACAUUCACCUGUAAAAUGACCGAGAAUUGAGCCUUAACUUCAGAUUAACUUGUGAGAAUCAGGAAAAAUUCCUUAAACUGCAUCACAUCCUCUUGGACCAGGGCUUAAAAGGGGAUUUCAGGUUUCUGUGAGCCUCCCCAGUUACCCAUGAAAUAGAACUUUUUAAAAUUGUGUUGCCACCACAUGUAAAAAACUUAGCAAUAUUAGAAUAAGAUGCUAAUGAAGUCAGAAAUUUUGCUCAUUGUUUUGAAAACCAAGUAGUCUAUUCAAACACCAACUGGUGUUCUACAAACAAGUUCCUGUUGAAAAACACUAAGGUUGUGGUGAAUAAAACUAUAGGAGCUUCCCCCCCUACCCUGCUACUGUUUUAUAUUAACCAGGGGGGAUUUUAAAUGUCAUAAAUUUGAAGAGUGGUGGUUUGCAUUUUGUUCGUAGGAUUAUGUUUUUGUUUUCAUUUUGGACUCAAUUUCUCGUCACCAAAUUCUUAAUUUAUACUUAGGAAAAAUCAAGGCCAUAUGUAAAAACCCUUCCAAUGCCUAAGUGUCUUUCUCCUGCAGCUUCACACCCAGACUUGCCACUUCGGGUGCAUAGAUGGUUAGGUCAGCUGACUGAUUCUACCUGUUGCCUUGCCAUGUAGGAGGCUUCUAGUUAGCUGGAAAAGAGUAUUUUUGUAACAUAUUGCAAGGAAUAGCCAAAUCUUAUUAAAGAAAGAAGAAACGUGAAGAAUGGUUACUUGUACCUAGCAUAGUACAAUCAGAACCUCUUGGAGACCACAGGGGACAGGCCUGUUGACGCUGGCUGUUCUUCCCGCCACAGUCUUCCGGUGGUAAUUGCCAGUUGAAGGCAUGGCCUGGUCUCCUCUCCUCCCUUCCCUCAUCCUUUUAUUGCACACAGGACAUCAGUCUUCAAGGAAAGGGACUUUCUUGCAGUCUGCCAGUCUUAUGGGAAAAUGCUAGCCAUGCUUACCUUCAUGGGAGUGUUUUAAGCUCGCCUGAGAGCCCAUCCCAUUUCUUUAGACAGAUCAUCAGUGUAAAUACCCAGUGUGCUUAUGAGUUAGUUGGUAGAUGUUUUCAUCUGUUGGGAUGACUGGUUGGGGCUUUCCAGUGUGGAAAAAGAGCAGAGAGCAGUCCGCCUGGAUCAAUGGAAGAAAAGAACCCUUCCGUGCCAGAGGAACAUCUAGAAAACGCUCACCCAGCCACUAAUGCUGCGGAGAGACCAUCUAUCUGCCCUGAGCCCGAGGUGUCUCCUCAGGGCCUUUCUCUAAGGUCGCCUUUCUACAAAGCACAACACUAAUGUAUGCUUUCUCAGACCUCAGUUCAAGUGCCCCUAUUUAUUUCACUGAAAACACACAUCCCAGUGGCUUUGUGUUUGUCACCUCUCUGGUCAUUACUUGUUCUUUCUUCUUUUACCCUUGCCAGUGCCCACCCCUUUUAAGAGUUAUGCUGGUGAAUCUUACUCGGUGGACACUUUGGUUUGAAGGCAGUGGUUAAGGGCACAAAGACAACCAUGGGGACAUCUGUGUAAAUACGUCUCUCUGAUUGCCACACUGCUGCUGAACAGUGUGUAGUAUUUUCCCAGUCAGCUUUGCCAUACUCACAUCAAUCAUCUGAGAGGAAUUAUUCAGAUUUUAUUUUUGUAUCUGUGGUAACAAACAUUAACCAAAAGAUUUUGUUUGGAGGCUUCCCCCAGUGCCCCACCCCCCAAGUUAUUUGCUCACAUUAACAAAUGAAAGUGCCUGAAGCAUAAUUCAUUCUUUACCUGUAUACUAAAAACCCUGUUGUAUUGAUUUUUUUUAUAAUAAGCCUUUUUACCUCUGUGUAAAAAAUAUAUAUACAAGUGUAUGAUGUACAUUUUAGUUCUUAACUUUUUUUUAUGGUUUCUAAUAUGUAUGACCAAUGUAGCCAUUGCUUUAAAGAUGUACCGUGUAAAUACAAACACAUCCUACCAGA